CUCUCACCCAGGUGGCCCCUGUUCAUCUCCCAGGUGUGCCAGGUUGCCCUUGGCCCCCAGCCAGACAGUUGUUGGUAUUCACAGCCCCAGCAGCAACAGAGCUGUGGCGAAUUCUGAUCAGGGACCCCACUUCUCACAACCACAGAAGCAAACCUUGCCUGGGCCCUGGAAUCUUGCCAACUUGGGCAAAUGUUUACGAAUCCUUCUCCAUGGAGUAGGAAUCCAGGCAAGGAAUCUGGCAAACAAAACAAACCAGUGAGCAUGAGGGAUGGGAGCAGACAGGGCAGCUGCCUUUGCUGCUUUUUCUUUCCUGAGACCUGCCCAUUUCCCCAAAAGUCUUCUGGGACCCUUAUCUGAGUUUUCUGCGCUCCCACUGCCUACUGCCCUUGGACCCAGCAUUUAGGGUGAGAUUUCUCUUGCACUAGUCUUCCUCAUCAUUACCGCCACCCUCAAGGACCCCCAUAGCAGAGUUCCGGACCACUGUCCCCAGGUCCAAGGUAGUAACCUUGCUAGGAAGGCAGUUGCAAGAUAGUUGGACUGCACGGAUCAAGUCUUUGCCUGAUGUCUUUGGUUUGAAGAGGCUAACCACAACCCUAAGACUGGACUGAUCUUGAGCCAGCAUUGUCCUUCCUUGCAUGACUAAGCCAUCUAUCAGAAUGUUUAUCACCAUUCUUUAUGGAGAUCAUGAAAAGAUCCUGUUUAAUUCUCACUGCAAAGUAGAGGUGCUGCUGAGCCAUAUCAAGCAGCGUUGUGGCUGUGAACCUGACGGAAUGGUUGAACUGGCAGACCACAGUGGUCAUUUGAAAAACCUUCUCCAAUACCCCCAACUCUAUGCUUCUGAGCUGCUGAAAUCUCGAGAAACUUAUAUUCCUAUCGCCAUAACACGAAAUGAAGGUUCACCAGAGCCAAUAUUUGUGCCACUAUUAAAGGAUCAUGAAAUUAUUGAUUCUAAGUUUUUAGCUACCCUGAACCUGGUAGGAGACUCCAUCUCCCCAGUGUCUGAGAAACAACCAAAAUCUGGGAAGACCAAGAGAAAAGCUUUGACUGCUGAGGGUCUGAGUCGAAAGGCAAACUGAGAUCCUUCCUGUAUGAGAUGAUCAGCUUAAAGAAAUAGAGAUCCUUAAAGUGAACAAAAGCAAGAUUUGAUCUUUCUCACACUAUUCACAUCCAGAGAAAGAACUAUGAAAGCAGAAACCCAGAAGAAAAACAACUGCUUGAUCACAUGGGUCAAUGGGAAUGUAAUUGGGGAUGUAGACUAAAUGAUCACUCUAGUACAAUUAUCAAUCAUAUGGAAAUAGGUCUUGAUCAAUGACAGAUGUAAAACCCAGUGGAAUUGAGUGUUGGCUGGUGGGAGAGGGAUAGCAGGGGAGGGAAAAAACAUGAAUCAUGAAACCAUGGAAAAAUAUUCUAAAUCCAUUAAUUAAAUAAAAUUUUUCAAUUCUAAACAUUUUUUAAAUAAAUAAAAUAGUUUCUGCUCUAAAAAAAAAA